AUGGAGGGACUUGGGUCAAUAGUGAUACUGGUGCAAACUUGUUAUUUCCCUGCCUUCGUCCUGCUUUUGUGGUUUAUGACUCUGGGAGAGGCAAGGAAGUCAUUUCUCAGUGUUCUGAAUAGAGCAAAGACUGAAAAACUAUUUUUCACAAAGAAUGAAGAAAUGGUCAUCAGAAGAUCAAGUUAGGCUAAGUGGCCAGACUCCAGCCAUCUCUUUUUGCAAUUAGAUGAUCUUAAACUGCUUCAAGUGGUGACUGUGACAAAAACCUUAUGACAGGUGAAGAUGGAGACACAAAAUUUGAACAUUCAACUAUGGGAUUCUGAAGGUAGGCAAGAAAGACUCAUUCAAGAGGUAAUGUUAAAAUCGAAGUGCCUAAACAAAGCAAAGAUGGUCCUCAAGGCAUUAAUGUGUAUUGAUUGAAAUACCCUAGUGCUUAUUCUACCAACUGCUUUUGGUUGCAAUAUUGAAUUGCAGAUGUUUCAAACAGUAUGAAAGACUCCUUUGCCAGUAAUUCUUGGCAAAUUGGGGCAAUUACACAAUUUUUUUCUUAGGCCAUUUUAUGGAUUUCUUUGGACACAGAAUUUGGUGUUAUAAGAGGCACAACAUGGCUUUGGAUUUGUAAUGACCUACACAUGCCCAGGAGGAGUGGGGUCUAUUUCUUUGUUCUGCUUCUAGAUGGAGAUCUCAUUUUUUGCCAUUUUGAUAACUUCAACAUUAUUGGCCCUGAUAAUGAUACUUGCCAAUUCUUAUAUAUAUAGUAGGCUGUUAGGGUUAUCACGUACAUUUUAUGUUGCUGUUUCUAAAAUUGUAUCCAUACUCCUUUUCAUCAUUCCAACAUCAGUUGGAAUAGUCCUCAAGUGUAGCAUACCUGAAAAAGCAAACUUCCUGGAGGGAAUAAUUAGACGAGUUUUAAUGUUUGUAGGGAUUUAUUUGACUUUCAGAAUGUUUCUAGAUAACCUAGAGGAGCUUUCAUGGGAUGUCUUAGUUCCUGCUUUGGGUUUGUUAUUUGGGUACAACUUUGUUAAAAUUUUUGUGCUGCCUGUUCUUGUUUGUAAAAUUGUUGCUAUUGAAAGUGGGACCAGUUUCUUAGCUCUGCCAUUAUUCAAUUCUUUUUCACAGUCCAAGGCCGACUUAGCUUCUGUGGCUCCUUUUAUAGUGGCCAUGUAUUCUGGAUGUGAAAUGUUACUGAUCUUUCUGCUUUACAAGGCUAAGAAAAGAUGUAUUCUUAUCAUAGAAGAUAAAAGGAAGAAGAAAUCCCCUGGCCAAACUGCAUUACUGAAUUCCCACUCUGAAUGAGGUACUGUGGGAGAUUCCAAGAAUAUCAAAAAAUGAUGCCUGUUUUCAGUUCACUACAGACCAUUAAUGUACAGAAAUUCAGAGGAAGGUGCCCAUUUUUCAAACAUGUUGGUUUGGAAAUGUUUUAGAGAACUGGAUUUGAAUAGGACACUUUAUUGUCUCUUAAACGGGGACGAGCAAUAAGAAAAUAUUCCUUCUGUAGUGAUUGUGAUCUAUCCCAAGUAUUUAGGGAAGGGAUCUCCAUAGAAUAGGCGGACAGUAAAUGCUCACACAGUAAAUGAAUAUGUAAAUUCCUAUCUGGGUCUCUCAUUGGCUCAUCAGAAUCAGUACGUCUUAAAUGUAGCACCUCUGCUGUCAUAACUGUACUUACCUGGUCUUGCACAUCUCCCACUCAAGACAUUACCAUUUGCCCUGAAACACAGGGUCAUCUCUUCCUCUUCUCCUUCCUUCAUUCUUUCCUUUUUAGUCAAAUUAUUUCCUACAAAAAGUUUCCUAUAGUAUCUUUUCACCAAUCUCUUCAUUCCCAGUAAUAUCACUUUUGUUCUGCCCUAUGUUGUUGCUUUCCUAAACCUUUAACUCGCUUUUGGUCCUUCUGUCCACUUUCCAAUCACUAUCAGGUUAAUUUUAAAAUCUAACUUUGAUCAUGUAUCUUCCCUGCUACAAGCUUCUUUGCCUUUUGAAUAAAGUUUGUAUUUCUUAGUGAGGUGUUUAUUAUACUCCCUGACUUCAUUCUCUCUUUCCAGUUUUAUCUCCACUCCCACUUCUUACACACAACCUUGCUCCAUUCAAACUGGAUGACUUGGUAUCUCAUGAAUAUGCCUGUGUUCAUGCUAUUCCUACAACCUACAAGGAGGCCUACCUCCUCUUUACCUCGAUUUUGACUAUUCCUACAGACCCGGCUCCAAUGUCACCCUCUCCAUGAAGCUUCUGCUAAUCCCACUUAGCAACCUGUAGGUGAGAUUUUCUCUAAAUUUUCCUCACAAUUGUUUAUAUUUCAUAUUUAGCCAACUUGGCUUGUUUUACAGCUGUUUAUAUUCCUGUCAUAUUCUGUUUUGCUAUAAAUUCUUGAACGUGAGAAUUACAAACACAAUAUAUAAACAACAUGAUAGUGUAAGCAGUAUUCAUUUUGAUACUCCCCAUGUCUAGCACAUUUCCUGCAUGCUUAUUCAAAUAAAGGGCUGAAGUACAGACUAGGCCCCAAAUGAAUAGUGUGCUUGUUUUAUAACACUUCUCAAUUUUCAGUGGCAGUUUUUAGUAUCUAGUUCAUUUGUACUCCUCUCCAAAGAUCAUGCAGGCAUCAUAUUGAGAAAUAUUUCUGUAAUCCUGCUCCUCACAUUUCCUAGCCCUGGAGUAGGCAAGUUAAUCUUUCUAUAGUCCAGUAUCCUCACCUAAAAAAAUGGAGGUGGUAAUGUGAACUCUGUCAAAUUUUGUGAGAAUUGUCAACUAAGAAAAAGAGGCAAAACUAAAGAAAAAAUAAAGGUCUUUUCUUUGGAGUGUCGCAGUUGCAAUUCAGAGAACACAGAUUCUGUUAGCAACCAGAAAAGUGUCCCACUCAUGUGGGCAAGGCAAGAGUUUAUUCUGAGAAAGAAUUGGGUUGCUUAUGUGAUUUUGAUAAAGAGAAAAAAAAAACACAAAACUUAAUUGGUCCCCACCAGUUGAGUUGCUUUCGAUUAUUCUGACUUUUAUUGGUGCUAUCAAAUGCAACUAAUCUUACUAUCUUUUAGUUAACUAUUCUGUCUUCAUGAAGUUCAAACCAACAGUUUUAUGGCCCUAAUGCCAGUUCUUUUUAGCAACUACCUAUAAAACAGUUGCCACUUUGGAGCCAGUUCACGAAUUCACUAGUUAGAAAGGAAAAUGGAGCUUCAAAAUGGGAUCUCUCAUGUUCAGAAAUUUUAUUUCACAGAAUUAAAUGAGAUCGGAUGUACUUAGAGUAGUACCAGCACAUGGUACAUGUUCAGUGUUAGCUGCUGCUUUUUUAUCCUGGUUUAAACUUUGACCCUGAGAUAGCUGUUGGUUUGAAAUGUUAAUCUGGUAUCUCUGUAUGGAGCCUAAAACUUUGAACAUUUUCCUCUGUGAUAGUCACUGUCAUACCCAUAGUAUUAGGGAAAUUUUAUUUAGUUUGGCAGCUAAUACGACAACUCAAAUUCUUUUUUUCUAAUUUCACCAAACCCAGUAUAUGAAUACCAAGAUUUAUAAAAGACCUGGUGUGGCAUAGUGAUAGAUCGUUAUUUAUUCACCUUAUAAAAUGGUAAUUGCCUACAUGGAAUAUUUUACUAUUGACCCCUUUAAACAGAAAUCUCUGCUUAGGAAGUUUAUAAUUAAGCUUAUAUAAAUUUAACUUACAUACAUUUUCAUGCACACACGUUACUGAUUGGGAGACAAGAAAUUGCCUUUCUAGUUACAGUUUGUCAUUAAUCUUUAUCAUUGCAUUGUGACCUCAAAUAAGACACUUCUCUGCAUUUCAUUUUUCAAAUCUGUAAAAUGAACAUAUUCAAAUGAGGUUUAAGAUCUUGCUCAAUUCCUUAAGUCUGUGGUUCUGGCCUAAAACUCUAGGACCUAACAUCAUAGGCAAGGUGAUGGGGUGAUGUGAAGAAGAUUCAGGUUGGUGGGAAUUAACCACUCAUAGAUGCUGUUAAGGCAAAAACAAAAAUAAGAGCUUCUUGAGAGCAGGGACAAAUGCUAUUCUUUGAAUUCCCUACCAUGUUUACCUCAAUGCCUUGAAUAGAGAUCUCAUUAAACAUUGAAUUAAUUAAUGAGCAAUAUCUAUAAAUGUCAAGAUCCUAUACUGUGGAACCAGACAAUGCCUGGGUCUGCAGUUCCAGUUCUGUCACCAGUUCGGUGACAUUGGUCAAGUUACUUAAUCUCUCUAGGCCUAAAUUCAUGUGCAAAGUGGGGAUAAUGACACUACAAUGAUAUUGUUGUGAAGGUUAAGUGAGUUAAUACUAGUCAAAGGUCCUCAGAACAAUGCUUAGCCCAUAGUAGACUCUAUUAU